AUGGUGAAUACUCAUAAUAUUCAUUCUCAUCCUAUAACUCCACUUGCAGACAAAGUGCGUGAUUUAAAAUUUGGAUAUUUGAUUAUCGGAGGAAUAAUCAUCAUUUCUAGUAUCCCACCAAUUCCAGGGUAUGGAUCAUUUGUACUUAUUUGUGGAUACAUAUAUGGGUUCCCUCUUGGAUUUAUACCGGCAUUCAUUUCUGCUUUGCUUGGCGCAACUGUUAGCUUUUAUUUAUGUCGAACAAUUUGUCUUGGCUAUGCUAGAAAACUUUCUAAAAAACAAAGCAACUUUCAAAAAUUAUCAUUGGCCAUAGAAGAAGGUGGAUUAAAGAUAAUCAUUUUAAUAAGAUUAUGCCCUUUUCCAUUUACUUGGUCAAAUGCAUUUUUUGGUACAAUCCAAUCUAUUAGUUUUUGGAAAUUCUUUAUAGCCACAGCUUUAAGUUUGCCAAAAUUAUUAAUAUUUGUAUUCAUGGGUUCAAGAUUUCGUAAUUUAGCUGAAGAAAUGGAUUCAACUUCUCGUAUAAUUAAUUAUGUUACAAUAGGGGUCGGUAUCAUAAUAUUUUGCUUUGCAGCUUGGUAUAUCUAUAAUAAAAUGAAUACAAUCGUUGAAAAUGCUGCUGCUAAAAGAUUCAUUCAAAAAGACGAUAUGGCAAGUAAAGAUAACCUUGUUAGAUUUGGGGAUGUGGUUGAUGAAGAAAGUUCAUGA